AUGUUACUGAGCGGAGCUCCUCCGGCGGGCUCCCGCCCCGGGCCGCGGGCGCAAGGGAGUGCCGGGGGUGGCUCGGGGGGGUCCCGCCGGGGCACCGGGGGUGCGGGAGCCGGCCCAGGAGGAGGCAGUAGCGGCGGGGUGGCCAAGUGGCUCCGGGAGCACCUGGGCUUCCGCGGGGGGAGCGGCGGCGGAGGGGGCAGCAAACCGGCGCCCCCGGAGCCGGACUACCGCGCCCCCGCUCCCUCCCCUGCGGCGCCCCCCGCGCCGCCCCCGGACAUCCUGGCUGCCUACCGGCUGCAGCGGGAACGCGACUUCGAAGACCCCUACUCUGGGGGCUCGUCCGGUUCCUCAGCCCUCGCCACCCCCGCUGUCCCCGGCCCCACGCCGCCCCCGCGCCACGGUUCGCCCCCGCACCGCCUUAUUAGGGUCGAGACCCCAGGACCCCCAGCGCCCCCUGCCGAGGAGCGGAUCACCGGACCCCCAGCCAGUAGCGACAGGUUGGCAAUCCUAGAAGACUAUGCUGACCCAUUUGAUGUUCAGGAGACUGGUGAAGGCUCAGCAGGAGCUUCAGGAGUGCCAGAGAAGGUCUCUGAAAAUGAUGGCUACAUGGAGCCCUAUGAGGCUCAAAAGAUGAUGGCUGAGAUCCGGGGCUCCAAGGAAACAGCAGCCCAGCCCUUGCCUCUGUAUGACACACCCUAUGAGCCAGAGGAAGACGGGGCCACCCCAGAGGGUGAGGGAGCCCCCUGGCCCCGGGAAUCCCGCCUGCCAGAAGAUGAUGAGAGGCCCCCUGAGGAGUACGACCAGCCCUGGGAGUGGAAGAAGGAGAGGAUUUCCAAAGCCUUUGCAGUUGACAUUAAGGUCAUCAAAGACCUACCUUGGCCUCCGCCCGUGGGACAGCUGGACAGCAGCCCCUCCCUGCCUGAUGGGGACAGGGACAUCUCCGGUCCAGCCUCGCCCCUCCCUGAGCCCAGCCUGGAGGACAGCAGCGCCCAGUUUGAAGGAUCCGAGAAGAGCUGCCUGUCACCUGUCCGGGAGGAGAAGGGGCGGCUACCUCCCAGACACUCUGCAGGGAACCCCAAGUCAGCCAAGCCCCUAAGCCUGGAGCCCAGCAGUCCUCUGGGGGAGUGGACAGAUCCAGCACUGCCUCUGGAAAACCAGGUCUGGUAUCACGGGGCCAUCAGCCGAACAGACGCCGAGAACCUGCUUCGGCUGUGCAAAGAGGCCAGCUACCUGGUGCGCAACAGCGAAACCAGCAAGAAUGACUUCUCCCUCUCUCUCAAGAGCAGUCAAGGCUUCAUGCACAUGAAGCUGUCCCGGACCAAGGAACACAAAUACGUGCUGGGCCAGAACAGCCCGCCCUUCAGCAGCGUCCCUGAAAUCGUGCACCACUAUGCCAGCCGCAAGCUGCCCAUUAAGGGGGCCGAACAUAUGUCCCUGCUCUACCCCGUGGCCAUCCGGACUCUUUAGAUGUGAAGCCAGGGCAUUGAUAGACCUGAACCCAGCCCUGUGCUGAUCACCUGGCUGAGGGCUGGGGCUCUUCACAGGGACUCGAUCAAUCCAUCUCUCGAACCUUUCUUCCCCUUCCCCUGAGAUCGAAUAGAAGCUGGAGGUUCUUUAAUUUAUUUUCUCAAGAGGAAGGGCUGCUGGAACCUUAGAGUUACCCGGAGAGAAAGCAGAGCCUCUGGAGGAGGGGCUCCAGAGCCAGGGUGUCCUGGGGACUUUAGGAUUGGCAGCUCCAGCUUACCGACCCUAAGGCAGAGGCAACGACCUCAUCCUCGCCCUCCACCCCCAAACCACCGGAGGGCUCCGCCCAGAGUCUGGCAGUCCCCUGGGAUGGAGACAGCCCUAGUGGAUGGGGAAGGGCUUAGCCCGAGGGAACCGCAGCCCCCGGGCCGCCCGGCUCCGGGCCAGAGGCAAUAAAUAAACCCAGUCCUGCCGGGCA